GCCACAGUGUCUAACUUGUAACAAGCGUGUAAACCAAAUGGGAAAAGAAACAACGAAUACAAUUUCGAAACCGGUCAGUUCGCAUCAGUCAUAACAACGCAGCGGAGCGGAUCUCUCGCUAGUAAGAAAUCGUCGACAUGAUCACUUGGUUUCGUGCUUUUGCAUUCCUCGCGUUGUUUUUGUCGCUAGUUCAAGGUCAACGUCUUUCCAAACGAAAAUGUUCGGAAUUUCGCGAGCAGACGAUUCAGAGGGCGCAAUUCAUCUACCUGCUGCCGAAACCCGACCCGAUUUUGGUGGAGAUAUUCAACUGCUCCAAGACUGUGAACCUUAUUGUCAACGGAGAGGACGCCAAACCGGGAGAGUUUCCUCACCAAGCGUUGAUCGGAUGGAGAUCCAAGACAAACCCUAGGAAGUAUGAUUUCCUGUGUGGUGGUUCACUGAUUAGUGAACGGUUCGUGCUGACUGCAGCUCAUUGCUUUAUACCUGGACGACCGCAAAUCGUGCGACUAGGGGAAAAUGAUCUGACGAACGAUAACGACAACCAGGAAGACUAUGAGAUUGAAGAUUAUACUCUGCACCCAAAGUACAAAUUCUCAGCAUCGUAUCAUGACAUUGCACUGAUCAAACUGGCAGAAGACGUAACGUUCUCGUUUUUUGUUCGGCCAGCUUGCCUUUGGGACACAAUUGCAAUGAACGUCACGAAAGUAGUUGCCACCGGAUUUGGGUUCACCGAGGAACUGAAAAUGUCCGAUAUACUGCAAAAGGUUCCGCUGGAUCUGUUCGCCAAGGAUGAAUGCGUGCAACAAUAUGCCGGUCAGCGUAAGUUCAAGCAGGGCAUCAUCGAUCAGCAGCUUUGCAUUGGCAGCGAACAUGAGGAACGGGACACCUGUCAGGGCGAUUCCGGAGGUCCGGUUCAGGUCAUAACGGAAACCAACGGUUGCAUCCACCAUGUGCUCGCUGUGACCUCUGCGGGAUCAUUUUGCGGGGUUGGACGUUCCCCUGCAGUUUAUACGAGGGUGGCCAGCUACAUCGAUUGGAUCGAAAGCAUCGUUUGGAAGUAGUGACCGACUUUUCGCAAUAUACAUAUAAAUUUAAACUCAGACUCCUGUAACGUUUUGACGUUUUUAUUCUGUUUAAGUAAAAUAAAGUUUGAAUUCAAUUAGAUUAAAUGGUUAUAUUUUUUGAAUAUUUCGAUUUUGAUUUUAAGAUUUGUUUUUUUUUAUAAUUCAUUAUUAGUUUUCAUGAUUAUUUUAGUUUAAUUUGUAGCUUUUGACGUUUUUAUCUUUUUAAGUAAGAUCUUAAUUGAAUCGGAUUCGUUGAAUUUGCCUUAGUGUUUGAACCGUUUCAUUUAGUAUAGAUUAUCCGUUUCAUAUAUGGUUUGUGUCUAGGCUAAGCUAAUGACGAUUCAUGUUACGUAUCUUAUAGGACUUUUUCGAUGGCGCAAAAUAGUUUUACGGCCAUGUGCGAUUUGAAUUUGGCGCACUUGUAUAUAAUAGUUUGUAGAUUGAAUAGACGACUGCUUCAAUAGCAGGAAAUUUACUUGACUAGAGAUUUCGACUGACUCCAUCACUUUCAGUUUGAGUCGGCUGGUGAACAGAAGUGAGCUUCGGCGACCUUCUGCCACUUUUGUAGUUUGUAAAGGUGUGUAGUGUUGUAAUU